CAUUUAUUUAGUGAAUUGGAGAUGAAAUUCCCGUAGAUUAUAAAUCAAUUAGUGGAAGUGAAAAAUCAUAUGAAAGAUAUAACUAUUAAAUAUGUGAUUUACUGUUUUCAGACGCAAGGCGCUCAAAAAACAAAAUUAUAGCGUCCAAUCAGUUGCCUGUUGUGCGUUGUACGAUCAGCCAAUGUAAAGUAGAUGCAUCAAACUUCCUUACUUCUCGCAGUGGUGGGGUGAAACGCUAGCUCUUGUGAAAUUCCCGGCCUAAUAAGAUUUUAAAACAUUUAUUCUUCAAUAUAUAGCGUGCGGAUAAAGACGAAUUUUUUUAAUGGAACCUGUUAGUUUUUUUUAAAUAAUUCGCUGCUACAUAUAAUCUUUAUAAACAUAAAUACAUAUGUACAUAUAUGUAUAUAUACAAAAAUAGUAGCAGUUGUGAAUUCAAAAAAUUGUUUGCGCUUUACAUUUUGUAACACAAUAAAAAACGAAAAAGAACAAUGGUGACAAUACUCGACUUGCCUGACGAAUUAUUGAUGAACAUUUGUAAGCGAUUGGAUUACAAUCUCCAUCGUUACCACUGGGUGAAUGUGUGUAAAAGAUUCGAGUACAUCUACUAUAAGCUUUGUGACUCAAGGGAAGUUGAUGAUCAUUUAAUUGAAAAAUUUGGUCACCUAAUCGGCACUGACGAUUUUCCGAUGCAAAUAGUCAAACGCAUUUUUUUAACGAAAUCAAAGUGUUCUAAACGAUUUUUAAAUAAACUACGCAUCUCUCAUCCAGAGAUUGAAGAAGCAAGACUCUUUUGGUUCACUGAUGAUCAUAUGGCUGAGCUUUUGCCUUUGCCAAAUCUGAAAGUUUUAAAGUGCAUUGGCGAUUCCGAUCUACGUGGUAGAAAUUUGAUUGACCUCUGCCGACUCACUGAGCUACACAUUCACACCAACAAAUUCAUAGAUUCGGAAAAUUUGAUUCACAUCACCUACCACAAUCCACUACGAGUGCUAGUAAUUCCCAAUGAUCCGGGAGUAUUUUCCGAAAAGUACGCGUUUGAAAUGGUCGAAAACUUAAAGUAUCUCGAGGAGCUUGUGGUUGAAUAUAAUCACUGCAAAUCUUGGCAAUUGAUUGGCACUUUACCCCUACUAAAGAAGCUUGUGAUUUGGGAUUUUGCUAAUCAGGAAUGUGACUCAUCCGCAGAGAAACCCGAUUUAUAUAUUACGUGCGCUCCCAACCACGACAAAAUCCUAUUUGAUGAACUGCGCAAACGAAAUCAAUUGGAGGAGCUCACUUUCUAUAAUAGUCAUAUAUCUGAAUUUCAUCUAAACGGAAUUUCUGAAUUGAGAAGCUUGCGGGUAUUGAAAUUGAACGGGGCUAUGCCACACAAAGUCUCACUCGAUAUAUUUAAAGAAUUGAUUAAUUUGGAGGAGUUACAUUUUGACCGUCAGGCAAUAAUUCCAGAAGAAUCACUCGAAUUUAUAGAAAAUUGUCAAAAAUUAAGAGUCAUAAAUUUUGGUGGCGCAGCUGGCAUAAAUGCGAACUUUAUUUCGAACGCAAAUGAUAUCGUAAGUAAAAGGAAGUCGUCAACGGUUAAACAUUUAACGCUUGGAUUCAGCUCAAUCACGGAAGACAUGAUCAGAGGUUUGUGUAUUCGGACACCAGUUUUGCAUAUAAGAAUUAAGAUCAUAAGAUGCAAAAAUUUUGUUGUAAAAGAAUCGCAUUUGUCAAAUAUAGAGGAAGGAAUAAGUAUAUGUCCAAAGUUCGCGUGGAAAUUUAUAAACAUGGGUAAGGUAGCCGCAGAGAAGGAAGUUGACAUGGAAAUCCUUCGUGAAAUCGCGGCAAGGGCAGAGUCAGAGGAGGGAAGUGAAGAGUCAGAGGAGGGAAGUGAAGUGAAGAGGACGAAUAAGAACACAAGAGUUGAAAGAAAAGGGCCCUGAAAUUUGAUUUAAAAGAUAAAGAGGUUAUAAAUAAUUUGAAUAUUAUACAGCAAAACGAAAAAUAAAC